GGAAUGUAACCCAAACCGGAAGUGGCCUAGAGCGGCCAUUUCGCUUCUGUUGUUAAGUGGCUCUAAGCCUGUGCGGCUUACGGGAUGCUGAAGUGAUUGGGAAUAUUAGCAGUGGGGGUUCUGUAGGGUCAGGGAGGGGAAGCCAGCUUUGGGUGAGUGAUGAGGGGCUUGUUGCGAGGGGGCGGUGCGUGAUAAAGGGAUUUCUCGGCUGAAGACCGGGCUGUGAGAAUCCCCGGGUCAGGCCACCUCAUUGAGGCUGCAGGAUCUCUCUUCAUAGCCCAGCACGCCUCUCCACAGUGUCCCUGGUUGGAGAAUCCAAACACCUAUCCAGCUUCUGGCUCCUGGGAAAAGUGGAGUUGUCAGCAAGAGAGACCGAGAGUAGAAGUCCAGAGCAGAGAUGCCUGCUGACGUGAAUUUAUCCCAGAAGCCUCAGGUCCUGGGUCCAGAGGAGCAGGAUGGAUCUUGCGAGGCAUCACUGUCGUUUGAGGACGUGACCGUGGACUUCAGCAGGGAGGAGUGGCAGCAACUGGACCCUGCCCAGAGACGCCUGUACCAGGAUGUGACGUUGGAGCUCUAUAGCCACCUCUUCUCAGUGGGGUAUCACAUUCCCAACCCAGACGUCAUCUUCAGAAUGCUAAAAGAAAAGGAGCCAUGUGUGGAGGAGGCUGAACUCUCACAUCAGAGGUGUCAAGAAGGGGAGUUUGGGCUUGAAAUCCCACAAAAGGAGAUUUCUAAGAAAGCUUCAUUUCAAAAGGAUAUGGUAGGUGAGUUCACAAGAGAUGGUUCAUGGUGUUCCAUUUUAGAAGAACUGAGGCUGGAUACAGACCGUACAAAGAAAGAUAAGCAAAAUCAAAUUCAGCCCAUGAGUCACAGUGCUUUCUUCAACAAGAAAACAUUGAACACAGAAAGCAAUUGUGAAUAUAAGGACCCUGGGAAAAUGAUUCACACGAGGCCCCACCUUGCUUCUUCACAGGAACAACCUCAGAAAUGUUGCUUAUUUACAAAAAGUUUGAAGCUGAACCUAGAAGUGAGUGGUCAGAAUGAAAACAAUGACACAAAACAGCUUGAUGACGUUGUUGGGUCUGGUCAGCUAUUCAACCAUAGCUCUUCCCACGCUUGUAGCAAGAAUAUCCAUACAGGAGAGACAUUUUGCAAAGGUAAUCAGUGUAGAAAAGUCUGUGGCCAUAAACAGUCACUCACGCAACAUCAAAUUCAUACUCAGAAGAAACCAGAUGGAUGUUCUGAAUGUGGGAGGGACUUCACCCCAAAAUCACACCUCUUUGCCCAACAGAGAAUUCAUAGUGUAGGAAACCUCCAUGAAUGUGGCAGAUGUGGAAAAGCCUUCACGCCACAACUAAAACUCAGUGUAUAUCUGACAGAUCAUACAGGUGAUAUACCCUAUAUAUGCAAGGAAUGUGGGAAGGUCUUUAUUCAGAGAUCAGAAUUGGUUACACACCAGAAAACACACACUAGAAAGAAGCCCUAUGAAUGCCAUGACUGUGGAAAAGCCUUUUUCCAGAUGUUAUCUCUCUUCAGACAUCAGAGAACUCACAGUAGAGAAAAACUCUAUGAAUGCAGUGAAUGUGGCAAAGGCUUCUCCCAAAACUCAACCCUCAUUAUACAUCAGAAAAUUCAUACUGGUGAGAGACAGUAUGCAUGCAGCGAAUGUGGGAAAGCCUUUACCCAGAAGUCAACACUCAGCUUGCACCAGAGAAUCCACUCAGGGCAGAAGUCCUAUGUGUGUAUCGAAUGCGGGCAGGCCUUCAUCCAGAAGGCACACCUGAUUGUCCAUCAAAGAAGCCACACGGGAGAAAAACCUUAUCAGUGCCACAACUGUGGGAAAUCCUUCAUUUCCAAGUCACAGCUUGAUAUACAUCAUCGAAUUCAUACAGGGGAGAAACCUUAUGAAUGCAGUGACUGUGGAAAAACCUUCACCCAAAAGUCACACCUGAAUAUACACCAGAAAAUUCAUACUGGAGAAAGACACCAUGUAUGCGGUGAAUGUGGGAAAGCCUUCAACCAGAAGUCAAUACUCAGCAUGCAUCAGAGAAUCCACACCGGAGAGAAGCCUUACAAAUGCAGUGAAUGUGGGAAAGCCUUCACUUCGAAGUCUCAAUUCAAAGAGCAUCAGCGAAUUCACACGGGUGAGAAACCCUAUGUGUGCACUGAAUGUGGGAAGGCCUUCAACGGCAGGUCGAAUUUCCAUAAACAUCAGGUAACACACACUAGAGAGAGGCCUUUUGUCUGUUCCAAAUGUGGGAAGGCUUUUGUCCAGAAAUCAGAGUUGAUUACCCAUCAAAGAACUCACAUGGGAGAGAAACCUUAUGAAUGCCUCGACUGUGGGAAAUCGUUCAGUAAGAAACCACAACUCAAGGUGCAUCAGCGAAUUCACACGGGAGAAAGACCUUAUGUGUGUUCUGAAUGUGGAAAGGCCUUCAACAACAGGUCAAACUUCAAUAAACACCAAACAACUCAUACCAGAGACAAAUCUUACAAAUGCAGUUAUUCUGUGAAAGGCUUUACCAAGCAAUGAAAUCCUAGUGCAUCAGCAUAUUCAUAAAUGAAAUAUACUCCCUGAGUUUCUUGAAGAAGGGAAAAUCUCAGAAUCAGGUCUAAUUGUAUGUUAUUGAAUUCAUGCUUCAAUAAACUCUAGGGAUGCACUGCAUGAAGGGGGCCGGCCCCUCCACACCUGUGGGUAUUUCUCAUCAGAUGGGAUGAGAGACUGAGAAAAGAAAUAAGACACAGAGACAAAGUAUAGAGAAAGAAAAAUGGGCCCAGGGGACCGGCGCUCAGCAUACGGAGGACCCGCGCCGGCACUAGUCUCUGAGUUCCCUCAGUAUUUAUUGAUCACUACCUCUACCAUCUCAGAGAUGGGGACGUGGCAGAACUAUAGGGUAAUGGUGGGGAGAGGGUCAGCAGGAAAACAUGUGAGCAAAGAUCUCUGUGUGUUAUAAAUAAAUUUAAGGAAAGGUGCUAUGCCUUGAUGUGCACGUAGGCCAGAUUUAUAUUUGACUUGACACAAACAUCUCAGUGCACUGAAGAGCAGUAUUGCCGCCAGGAUGUCUCACCUCCAGCCAUAAGGCAGUUUUCUCCUAUCUCAGUAAAUAGAACGUAUGAUCAGGUUUUACACCGAGACAUUCCAUUCCCAGGGACAGAUGCCUUCCUCUUUUACUAAUUCUCCUCAGCACAGACCCUUUACGGGUGUCGUGCUGGGGGACGGGCAGGUCCUUCCCUUCCCACGAGGCCAUAUCUCAGGCUAUCACAUGGGGAGAAACCUUGGACAAUACCUGACUUUCCUGGGCAGAGGUCCCUGCUGCCUUCCACAGUGCAUUGUGUCCCUGGGUACUCAAGGUUAGAGAAUGGCGAUGAGUUUUACCAAGCAUACUGCAUUCAAACACACUUUUAACAAAGCUCAUCCUGCACAGCCCUAAAUCCAUUAAACCUUGAGUCAACACAGCACAUGUCUCUGCAAGCACAGGGUUGGGGCUAGGAUUACAGAUUAACAGCAUCUCCAGGCAGAAGAAUUUCUCUUAGUAUAGAACAAAAUGGAGUUUCUUAUGUCUACUUCUUUCUACAUAGACACAGUAACAGUCUGAUCUCUCUUUUCCCCACAUUGCAUGUGUGAACACAUGGCAAAGUCAUGCUUUAUUUUAUGUGAAGGCAAUUACUGAGAAAAGAGUAAGCAGAAAUGUCCUUCUCUUAGUACUGGCCUCAUUAAGGAUUAUAAAUUUUCACCCUGGGAAGAAACCCUGACUAAUGCAUUGAGAAAAGCCUUUCUGUAAAGAAUGGUACAAGACAGGUUGUUACCCGAUUAUUUAUAGUAAAGUUUGUGGGAAAUUAUAUCAAUGAUAACCCUGUUUGUUUUGGGAUAUAUUUCUAAAGUGCCAAUACAGUAAUGAUAGGACAAUAUUAUGUGUAUGUGUGUGUGCCUUAUGAAUAUAAGCAUAUAUAUUAUAUGCAGGUUGAAUAUCCCCCAAAGUGCCUGGGAUCAGAAGCAUUUUGGAUUUCAGAUACUUAACAGAUUUUGGAAUAUUUGCAUUAUAUUUAUUGGUUGAGCAUCCCUAAUCUGAAAAUCCAAGAUGAAAUGCUCCAAUUAGCAUUUCCUUUGAGCGUCAUGUUAGAGUUCAAAAAGUUUCCGAUUUUGGGUUUUCAGACUAGGGAUACCCAACCUGUAUGUACAUAUAUUUAGGUAUGUAUAUAUAUGCAUAUGCAGACAUAUGUAUAUGGUCUGGUAGGCAUAUGUGUAUGUAUGCGUAUGUAGGUAUGUAUGCCCUCAGUGCAGUGGGGUUUGCUGCAGAAUUCACUGCACAGCAGGAGGUGUAGGUAGAUUACAGUUAUUUUUUAAGAGAAUCUAAUGUAAUUGUUUUUAUAAAAAUUAUUCCCUGUUGAAUAUGUCAUGAGGUUGUAUCAACAAUUAUUAACUCCUUUAUUAUACAUACACAUGAAUGUACAUUUUUAGUAAAUGCAUAAAUGAGAUUCUAUAGUGUUUACUGAUCUUUAUAUUAUAGCUUUUCUGUUUUUAGGAUUAGCUCAGCUUGCCCCUCCCUUUCCAUCUCCACCAUCUAUAGUGAGCCUCUCCAUAAUCAGUGCCAACCAUUAGUCUGGUUCAAGUCUCUGCACAGAUAAUCAGUGCCAUCCAUUAGUCUCGUUCAUAUAUUUACACAGGCCCCUAAACAUACACACCAGGAGUCAACAAACUGUGGCUAUUGGCCAAAUAUGGCCUCCCAGCUGUUUUUUUAAAAUAAAGUUUUAUUAUAACACA